UGCUGCUUGGCUCGCAGCGUCACAAUCCGAUUGACCCAAAGCAAGUCAAAAUGGCUGACGCGACGCCCGCCCCCGCCCCUAAGAAGCUUACCAAGAAGGAGCUGCGCAUCCUUGAGCGCCAGAAAGCGGCUGCUGCUGCCGCUGGCCCCACGCUCACUGACACAUACGGUGAGCUACCGCUCAUCCAGUCGCAGGAGCGCCCCAAGAAAGACUACAAGUCCGUCAAGGACCUGAACCCGGAACUGCAGGGCGAGAGUUUCUGGGUGCGUGGCCACCUGCAGGCCGUGCGCGCCAAGUCGAAGAUCGCCUUCAUUACGCUGCGCGAGCAGACGGCCACGAUCCAGGCCAUUCUGCACGAGAGUGACAAGGUCUCGCGUCCCAUGAUUAAGUUCGCGGCCGGUGUGCCCAAGGAGUCCGUCGUUGACGUGUUCGUCACGCUCACUGUGCCCGACAGCCCCGUACUCAGCACCACGCAGAAGGACGUGGAGCUCAACGUUGAGAAGUUCUUUGUGGUCAGCAAGGCUCUGCCGGAGUUGCCCUUCCAGGUGGAGGAUGCUGCCCGUCCCGACGCUCUCGUCAAGGCCGAGGGGUCCACCUACGUGAACGUGGGUCUGGAGACUCGCCUCAACACGCGUCCGCUUGACCUGCGUACACCUGCCAACCAGUGCAUCAUGCGUAUCCAGGCUGCGGUGGGCCAGCUGUUCCGUGAAUUCCUCAUCCAGCGCGACUUCGUUGAGAUUCACACGCCCAAACUCGUGGGUGGCGCCUCGGAGAGCGGCGCCAACUGCUUCACGCUCAAGUACUUCGACCAGGACGCAGCUCUGGCCCAGAGUCCGCAGACGUACAAGCAGAUGGCUUGUGCCGUUGCUGGCCUCGAGCGCGUGUUUGAGAUCGGUCCCGUCUUCCGUGCCGAGAACUCGAACACGCACCGUCACAUGUGCGAGUUUGUGGGUCUUGAUCUGGAGAUGACUAUUAAGGAGCACUACCACGAGGUGCUCGAGGUGUUCUCGGACCUGUUCAUCUACAUCUUCGAUGGCCUCAAGGAGCGCUACGCCAAGGAAUUGGCGAUUAUCAACGAGCAGUACCCGUUCGAGCCGCUCAAGUACAAUAAGCCUUCGCUCAUCAUCAGCUUCGAGGAAGGUGUGAAGAUGCUGAAGGAGGCUGGCGCCGAGCAGGAGCCUGAAGACGAUCUGAGCACGGAGAACGAGAAGUGGCUGGGCCGCCUCGUCAAGGAGAAGUACGACACCGACUUCUACAUUCUCGACAAGUUCCCGCUGGCUGUGCGUCCGUUCUACACGAUGCCGGACCCGAAGGACAAGCGUUGGAGCAACUCGUACGACAUGAUGAUCCGUGGCGAGGAGAUCGUCUCUGGUGCUCAGCGUGUGCACGACCCCAAGCUGCUUAUGCAGCGCAUGGACGAGUUGGGUGUGCCUCAGGAAUCUAUGCGCAACUACAUCGACUCGUUCCGUCUAGGCGCUCUGCCCCACGGUGGUGGUGGCAUUGGCCUGGAGCGUGUGGUCAUGCUGUACCUGGGCCUGGGCAACAUCCGUAAGGCCUCCAUGUUCCCGCGUGACCCGAAGCGGUUGUUCCCGUAAGCGUCUCAUCGGUAGAAUCGCGUUGUCGACUCAAUGUGUCCGCUGCAUCUCGGGUUUGUCGUGGGUUUUUCAUUGAAUAAGGAGUAUGCAAGAACCAAGACAAAUUGACACAAAACGAUGUUCUAAGAAUCGCUUACCUGACUCUUAUUGAUGAUGCCGAGACAUCUUUUGCUGACGUUGUUCAUGUGUGUCAUCCUCGUGGUUGAUGCCAUAUUUGGUGGAGUCUUCUGCUUCGUCAUCGCUCUGUCACAAGGACACACAAAAAUCGAGUUUGUUACACAUUUUCGAGUGUAGUGGUUCUUUUGAUUCACGCACAUCCGUAUACUCGUCUCCUAACAGCGAAACCUUGACUGCACUUUUCUUUGAUGUUGGUUGAGGGUUCUCGUCGCGCAAGAAGCAAUAGUAGGCGUGAAGCGCGUGCGAGGCAUCUAAAAAUCGGAACUUUUUGUUGUCGCCGAGCUUGACCUAUCAAUACAAAGCGUACAACUUCUUAGCAAGGCCACGUUGAUACACAACUGCUUGGCCUCGUACCUUCAGCAUAACUUCCAGUUGCGGAUGACCCCGCACCUUGUUAGCUGUAGCCUCUAUAAUCGCGUGCAGCUUCUUGGUCUUUGGCUUUACAAAUACAAUAUUAAUGCACUUCAACGUGCUGGAAUAACUAUCAGCACGAUCAGCUUCUUACCA